AGAGGGGGGGCGGGCCGGAAGUGACGCGUUCCGCGCGCCGUGGGCGGGGCCUCGGGGUCUCUUUCCGGGGAGAUCCGCGGCGCGCAUGGAAGAAGCAAAGACUCUAGGAAGUGCAACGCCCAGAAAACCUGUCUUAUCUGUCAGCGCAAGAAAAAUCAAGGACAAUGCAGCCGAUUGGCAUAAUUUAAUCCUGAAAUGGGAAGCCCUCAAUGAUGCAGGCUUUGCUAUUGCAAAUAACAUCGCCAACACGAAAAUCAGUUUAUUGAGCAAAGACAAGGUCGAGCUAGAGAGCGGCUGCCUGGCUCGCGAUGAGGGUGCGGAGCAGAGGCCCCCAGAAUACAGCGCGGAGCUCGAGGCGCUGUGCGAGGAGCUGCGGGCCGUCCUGGAGAGCUUGACCAAAAUACAGGUGAAAAUGGAAAAGCUCUCCUCAACUACCAAGGGGAUUUGUGAACUGGAGAAGUACCACUAUGGGGGGGACAGCAGGCGGCCCCCGCUGUUCCACACGUGGCCCACGGCCCACUUUUACGAGGUUGCCCGCCAGCUCUGCGCCAUGUACGAGGAGGAGCUGCUCCUGAAGCGCACCAUCGUGGCGGAGCUCGCGCACACCACGGACCGCGACCUCGCCCUGACCUACCUGUCGCUGUGGCUGCACCAGCCCUGCGUGCGGAGCGACAGCAAGCUGCUUCUGGAGAGCAUGCUGCUCGAAACGGGGCACCGAGCGCUGUGACCGCGGCUUCGCGCGGGAUUUCCAGGCCCCGCCUGCACCGCUGGCUUCCACGGCCCCCAUGUGGGCAGGCUUGCGUGUGGGACCCAUGCGCGUUCCCCAGCGCCACACCCGGGCUCUGGCAUGGCCCCCGCCGACCUUCCAGGGUCUUCCAGAUGGGACUGUCUCACCGGCUCCCUGCAGCCACUCCAGACAUACGUGUUAGCGUCCGCAGGCCGUCUGCCACUCUGCUUCACCUGUCCCCAUUGUGAACCUGUCGCCCACAAGGGCCUCGCAUGAAAUAAACGAGCUCCUCAGCAGAA